UGUUUUUUGUUUUUCGUUUUUCGAUAGUUAUGAUCAGUAACUCAUUCGGAGAAACAUUGAUGUGGCUCGGGAGCCUUACAAAAGGCCAACCUUGUAAUACAGUAGCAAACUCUAUCCUAGUUCAACCCAAAAAUAGGAACUAUACUCCCACCCUAGGGGCGCCACUCCGGCUACGAAGUAAGUUCUUAUACUAGACUUAAAAAAAUAAGCACCCUCUUGAAAUAGAAAAUCUACUUAUCAUAUAGCAUAAUGAAAACUAUCUAAAAAGAAAGUCUAUGCAGAAGGCAAACUAAAAAAGUUCAAGAGAGGAACAGAUAAUUAUUCUUCAAAGCCAAUGCUCUCGGAGUCUUCUCUUUGGCUGGUGGCUACCAUCGAUACCUAACGCCAUAAGAGACCUUACUAGUUCUUACCUGCAAGGAAUGCUUAAAAACGAGUAGAAUUUCAAUUUUGGUGGAUGGAAGCCCAACAAAGGAGUUCUCUAUGGGCAGAAGUUUGAGACAAUCAACCUUUUUUUUCCAAUUUUUGUUUCUUAUUGUGGCGGAAGGGGUUAUUGGCUUUGAACAAAGGUUUGAUUGAAAGAAUGUACAGAUAUGAUUUUGGGCACUGCAAAUCUCACAUCCCCGGUUCUCAGAUAACACUAUUAUAUUUGCUAAAGCAGCAUCGGAGCAGAAUGUUUGCGCAAUAAAAUUUGUUAUGAGGACUUUUGGGCUCGUGUCAGGUUUCAAGAUCAAUUAUACAGAAGCGUUCUCAUGGGAAUCUGUGUUGAUAAGGAGUGCGGAACAUGAACGACCUUUGAGCACCAAAAUGACAUGCGGGUAAAAGUCAAGGACUACAGCGCAAAAUGGGCUCGGAACGACAUUGUUUUGCUCCCAAAGAAGAAAAAACUAAAAGGGGAACAUUAGGGUUUGGCCGAACCGCCCAUUUUCCGAAAAAAAACCUGAACAGACUUACCUCUUCCUCAAAAAAACUGAACAGAACUCUUCUCGUCGCCGUUCGUCUUCGCUCCAGUAAGAUGGUCCACCAACUAAAGCCCCUGAACAUGAGACAAGUUUCAAAGCCCUUACUUUGCUUUUCCUGCAGAGGCCAGGCACGGUUGGUUGAAAAGAGCAGAGAACAAGUCAAAAGUUUGGCUGGAAGUAAUCUAUAGGAAAGAGGAUAGAUGAGCAGAUCGGAGGGUGACAUAGGGUAUUAGCUAUUAGGGUUCCAGGCCUUGUUUGCUGUAUUCUUGGCUUAGAAAUACAGAAAAUCAGAGAGAAAAGGAGAGUUUUCUUCUUUUUUUUUUGGAAUUCAGGAAAAGGGCCGAGAGGAGAGAGCUCCAACGAACUUCCGACGUCCGUCACCGUUUCUUGCUCCGUUUCUCCUUUUGGUUAGGUAAAGCCUCCGGUUUUUGCCGCCGGGACUACUCCAAACAAUGCCCUUUAUAUGUUUGUUUGUUCAUUUUCGUUGUAGAUCUGUGGACUUUGAAUGUAUUUGUUGAUGAAUUUUCCUUUUCAUGUACUGUUGAUCUGGGAAUACGAAUAGACAUGCAGAAUUUCA